AUGAAUGGUUGUGGACAACAAAUUAAUGGCGAUGAUGCGCGGCUAAUUUCAGCGAAUCAAAAGAGACACGCUUUACUUAAAUGCCUUGCUCACUGUCAUGUCGUAUUGGGCCUAAUUAUUUUCAUAUUGGCUGCGCUUGCCGAUUUUAUUAGUUCGCGAAUAAGCACAAUUAGAUUAGUUGGUCUCGAAGAAUGUUGUUCGUUCUAUUUCAUCGUCACUGGAAUAAUUGGAAUUUGUGGCGCAGCGAGUCAUCGGCGAAGUAUAAUUAUUGCUUUUAUGAUUAUGAAUAUGCAUGCGAUAUUAAUUUUUGUACCAGCAAUUGUAAUUGUCUCCAGCUUUGACAUUCAUUUUUAUCAGGCUGAAUGCUUCGGCGAAUGUGAUUGGCAUUUGUUGGCUACAAGUCUGCCAAAAAAUAGCAGAUGCCAAAUACUUUGUGGCGAAAAUAUUGAUGAUAAUAAGAGGAGUUCAAUGACGCGGUUGGGCACAGAAUAUAGACUCGAUGCUGGUAUAAUUGCUGCAACUAUUUUGGAAAUGUUUCUAGCUAUUACAUCGACAGUAUUUUGUUGUCGAGAAAUAUGUGCGACUAAAUCACGGAUCUCAAAAAAAGAUGAUGAGACACGUCCAGUGGAUAUGACACCUCUUAAACAACAAGAAGUUCAUCAAAAUCAAUAA